AUGAUGUCAGUCGGGAGCAAGAUAUUGGCAGCUGUGCGAGAUGCCAUGCAGCAGCACGCCAUUGGGGCCCUCAUUGUUCCUUCUAGUGAUCCCCACAAUAGUGAGUAUGUGAAGGAUGAAUAUAAGUGCCGUGCGUACAUCAGUAACUUCAAUGGAAGUGCAGGCACAUGUCUUAUCACGAUGGAUCAGGCGUACUUGUGGACAGACGGACGGUAUUGGAUGGAAGCCUCACAGGCAUUAUACCCGGAAUGGCAGUUAAUGAAAGAUGGAUAUCCCGGAGUGCCAACCUUAGAGGAAUGGAUUCAGACAAAUUUGGGUACGAAAACUCCAGUGGGAAUGAACAGUUUUCUUUCUACGGUGGCAGAGUGGGAACGUCGGCGGAAAUCCAUAAAUUUGGUCGCUAUACCGGAAAUUGUACAGCCACUUAUGCCAAAAACAGAGAAACCACCUGUAAAGUUAUUCGUUAGACCUGAAGAGUUUUGUGGUGUACGAUGUGAAGAGAAAGUAGCCACAUUAGUAGAAGAAUUAGAACGUCAGAAAUGUGAUGCGAUGGUGCUCUCGGCAUUAGAUGAGAUUGCGUGGGUAACGAAUCUCCGUGGUGCUGAUAUUCCCUUUAAUCCAGUUUUCUAUGCCUAUGCUCUUGUACAGUCGGCUUCACCUAGAUUACAUCUCUUUGUAGAUCCGGCCAAAUUACCAGAGGAUGGAUUACCAACCACUACUACCAACGGAGAACCAUUAAUGGAAUUACAUCCAUACGAUGGGUUAGAGGCGUUUAUUGGUUUAAUGCCAAACACAUCUACUUUUCUUGUAGAUGAAUAUCAAACAAGUCAACAUCUCUAUUCCAUGUUAGAGACUAUGGGAAUACAGACAAAACGUGUAAAGUGUGGUCCAGCGCAAAAACUUAAGGCUAUAAAGAAUAAGGUAGAAAUAGAAGGUUUUCGUCGUUGCCAUGUACGAGAUGGAGUGGCCCUCACACGCUAUCUAGCUUGGUUACAUGAUGCUGUGGCCGUGAAAGGUGAAACCAACAUCAAUGAAUACGAUGCUGCAGUGAAGUUAGAAUCCUUCCGUCGUGAAGGUGAUUACUUUGUACAACCCAGUUUUACUACCAUUUCCUCCGUUGGUCCUAAUGCCGCUAUUGUACAUUACGCCCCACCGCAAACAGGCUCUGCUACGAUUGUGCGAGAUCAAAUCUAUCUUGUCGACAGUGGAGCGCAGUACUUGGAUGGCACGACAGACGUCACCCGCACGGUGUGUUUCCAAACACCGCGGCCGGAAGAGCGAGAGGCGUACACACUUGUAUUAAAAGGAAAUCUCGCCCUUCACACCGCCGUGUGGCCAACAGGCACAAGUGGACAUCGACUCGAUGUACUCGCACGGACCGCAUUGUGGCGUGUUGGUCUUAACUACGCCCACGGCACUGGCCACGGUGUGGGUUCAUUUCUAAACGUACAUGAAGGGCCGCAGGGUAUUGGGGCACGACCAACACCAACAGAGGCAACAUUAGCAGCGGGAAUGAUUAUGUCUAAUGAACCUGGGUACUACAAGGAUGGAUCCUUUGGUAUUCGCAUUGAGAAUCUGGAGCUUAUUGUGCCUACUCCCACACUACACAGCGCGGAGGGAUUUCUUACGUUUGACACACUUACAAUGGCACCACUCUGCCGUGAACUCAUCGACGCCGAUGCUCUCACUUCAGAGGAACGGCAAAUGGUGGACUCGUAUCACCGCGCCGUACGUGAGGCCAUCACCCCACAAUUGAUUCACUGUAACGAUAACUGCGCCCUCGCCUAUCUUAACCACCAUACGGCCCCUCUCUAG